ACCCGAAAACAAAACUGAUCCUGAAGUUGAAAGACUCAAGAAAGAACUUGGUGAACUCAAAGCUGAGAUGAACAGUCUGAGAGUGGCAACCGUUGCAACAGUGGUAGCUCAAACUGAAGCGAAAAUUCCCAAUGCUGACAGUGGAACCAAACACAAGUACAAAAAGCCAGCUUUUCAAAGAUCAACCCACAAAGAUCAACCUGGGAUUUUUGUUACAGAUGUGGAGAAGAUGGGCACUAUAUGAGAGAGUGUGAUGGAGUUGAAAACCUUGCUAAAGUCAACAAAAGGCUCAUUAAACUCACAAAGAAAUUGGGAAACUGCCCUGGGGCCCAGUAAAGGAACRGCCUGGCGUCCCAGAGGUAAAGACACGUUCCAAGAGCAUCAAGACAGAGGAAGCAGUAGAUGGCACUAUUCCAAAAGGCUUAGUUGGCCCAAGUUCUGCUGUACCAGUCCAGAUUGAAGGCAUCUACACAAAAGCUAUACUUGACACUGGCUCUCAAGUCACUUUACUCUACAGAUGCUUUUAUGACAGAUAUCUGACACACCUGCCAUUGACACCUAUUCGUGCUCUACAGAUAUGGGGUCUCAGUCCUGCUGAUUACCCGUACGAUGGCUAUUUGUCACUCAAGCUGGAGUUCAGGGAAGUUGAUGUUGUGUGAAAGAGUCAGUUGAUGCACUUGUACUCGUCUGUCCUGAUCCAGUUGUCAAGGAUGAUGCAGCUAUACUUGUUGGCACCAACACACUCACAGUAAGACGACUUUUAAAAACAAAGUUGGUGACAAAGAACCUGUCACAGACCCUGAAAUGUUGGACCAGGACAACCGAAAUGAUGACUACACGGACUCGGAGGAUGAAACAUUCUAUAUGCCAUGUGUCACACAAAGUAUCAUCAGAAAUGAUGUAACACCUGAACCAUUCAGCCUGGACCUUGAUAUGCUAUCUGAGGAUCAGACCAAAGCUUUGCAAGAGGAACAAAGUGCCAAUGACGAGACUAGACUUGACAUUUUUGACCAGUCUGGUGUGCAACAGACAUGACCUGCUGAGACAGAGACCCACAAUGUGAUACCCUUUAGUCCAGAGACUAACUCCCAAGACAACGUGGAGACUGAUACUGAGAUUAGAAGAUCUCAAAGACUUCGGAAACCUCCAUCUAGAUUUACUUAUGACACACCAGGUAGUCCUAGUAUUUACUCAGUGAAAUUUGUUUCUUGUUUCUAUAAAUGGAUAAGCUCCCCUAUCAUUCCGUAGUUAGUUUUUCUGCAAUGUUACCUACAAAGCCAUGAGGGCAUGUCUUAUUUUUGGUGGGGGGAGAGUGUAAUAACCUGAGUAUUUAAGGAAAUACUUGUGUUUAUUUGUUUACAAGAUGUGUUUGUUUU